AUGUCCUACUCCUCCGACGAAGAAACCGACCCCGAGCUCCUCGAGCUCCUGCGUCAACACCUCAUGGGCAACACCGCCACCCCUACCGCCGCCGAGACCGGCGUCCUCGAAUCCGCCGAAUUCGUCUACAACCACGCCAUCGACGUGGCCCUGGACAUGCGCGGGUGCAAAAAGGCUGCCAACACCAUCUGGGAGCAGAUGCAGCAGCGGGAGUACUCGCCAGCCACUUGGUCGACGCACGAACUCCACCCCAAGGAGAAAAAUGAGGAGACGGUUAAGUUUAUUUUUGCGAUGGAUAUCCUCAACUUUUCGUUCUGGUCGGAGAAGAGCGAGGAGGAGAGGUUUCAGAUCGAGUAUAGGGGGAAGAGGCAUACGGGGUAUUGGAAUUUGGUGGCGGGGUUGCAGAGGGGGUUAGAGGAAGGAAUCCCCAUCACCGACCCAGCCUUCUGGAUCAAUGAAGAAGAAUUCACCCUAGACGUCCUCCGCAACGUCUUCAGGUCCGCCACAGACGAGGAGAUCCCCCUCCUGCAAGAACGAUUCGACUGUCUCCGUGAAGCCGGCCAAGUCCUCCACGAGAAAUACGACGGCUCCGUCCUCGACCUCAUCGAAGAGGCAAACGGCUCAGCCGCCGCCCUCGUCAACCUCCUCGCCUCCGACUUCCCCUGCUUCGCUGACAUCCACCCCCACCCCGGCCGGCGCCAACCCAUCCGCAUUCUCAAACGCGCGCAAAUCUUCGUCGCCGACCUCUGGGCCUGUUUCGAAGGGCAAUCCUACGGUUCCUUCUCUGACAUCGACAAAAUCACCAUGUUCGCCGACUACCGCAUCCCGCAGAUGCUCUGGCAGCUCAACUGCCUGUUGUACGGUCCCACGCUGGAGGCGGCUGUGCGCGAGAAGAGGAUGAUUGAGCAUGGAGGAGAGUGGGAGAUGCAGUUAAGGGCGUGCAGCAUUUGGUGCGUGGAGUUGAUUAGACGGGAGAUUAUCUGGGAGCAUCCCGAGGCGAAGGGGAAGGUGAAUGCGGUGUUGAUCGAUUUCUUUUUGUAUGAUGUUGUGAAGGAGUUGGAGGCUGAGGGAGGGGAGAAGAUUCCGCAUCAUAGGACGAGGAGUAUUUGGUAUUAG